GUGGUCCGCCAUAUUCCAUUUCGAGUCGGCGUUGUUGGAAGCGCUUUUAUGGAAGACGCCAUGUCGCGGUAUGGAAGGUAUAGCGGAGAGGCAAAAGUCUAUGUUGGUAAUCUUGGUACUGGUGCUGGCAAAGGAGAGUUGGAGAGAGCUUUUAGUUACUACGGUCCUCUUCGUACUGUUUGGAUUGCAAGAAACCCUCCGGGAUUUGCUUUUGUUGAAUUUGAAGACACACGAGAUGCUGAAGAUGCAGUGCGGGGUUUGGAUGGAAAGGUCAUCUGCGGCUCAAGAGUUAGAGUAGAACUGUCGACUGGAAUGCCACGUCGUUCUCGCUAUGAAAGACCUCCUGCACGAAGGCCGUUUGAUCCGAGUGACAGAUGUUAUGAAUGUGGGGAAAAAGGACACUAUGCAUAUGAUUGUCAAAGGUACAGCAGGCGCAGAAGGAGCAGGUCUAGAUCCCGCUCUCACUCAAGAUCUCGUGGAAGAAGAUAUUCCCGUUCACGUAGCAGAAGCCGUGGUAGGAGGUCCAGGUCUGGCUCUCCUCGGAGAUCAAGAUCUGUUUCCCCACGUAGGUCCAGGUCUGGAAGUCCACGCAGAACUCGGUCUCCUUCUGUUAAAAGAUCUCGUUUUUUUUUUUCCCUUUUCCUUUUUUUUAGAUCUAGGUCAAGGUCCAGAUCCAGGUCUGUCUCCCGCCCCAGAAGCAGGUCAAAGUCAAGAUCAGUUUCUCAAAAAAGAAGUCGUUCACCAUCCAGAAGCCCGAAGAGGAGCAUAAGCCCGGAGCGGAAUGGCUAAAUGACCACUUGAAGUUAUGGCACUCUUCCCACAAUUUUUUUGUUUUCAUGUUAACAUUUUUGUUUUUAAGUCACAUUGGUAGGCUAGCAUAUGUCUUUUUAUAUCCUGUUGAUCUGAAAGUGAAACAUUUUUGUAUCUAAAAUUUAAAUAUACUUGUGCAAUGAAUUUAACUUGUCCUGUUUAGUGUGUCCUCAGGAAGCAGAAGUUUGCAUGGCUGUAGAUAAUUCCACUUUUUAGAACAUGUAAAAUAAAAACCUGCCCAGCGCCCAAUUGUACAUAUCAUUUUGGCUUGCCAUUAAAGGGUGUCUUUAGGAGCUAAACAUGGCAAUACUGCUCAUAGACUUUGCUAGCCACAAGUGAGUGCAGUAUACCAGUUACAGAAUGGAGGCAGUGUGCCACAGAUAUUCUUUCAUGGACUAGGCUGUUUUUGUUGCACAACUGUUCCUAAAAUAUGCAGCUUCUGUGA